AUGGAGAUGGAGAACGCGGCGGCCUCCAGCCGGUUCCGCCAGCCUCACAUGGAGAGGAAGAUGAGUGCGAUGACCUGUGAGAUCUUCAACGAGCUUCGACUCGAGGGCAAGCUCUGCGAUGUGGUCAUCAGAGUCAACGGCUUGGAGUUCAAUGCCCACAAGAACAUCCUCUGUAGCUGCAGCUCCUACUUCAGAGCUUUGUUUACAAGUGGCUGGAACAACACGGAGAAGAAGGUUUACAACAUUCCCGGUAUUUCCCCCGACAUGAUGAAGCUGAUUAUUGAGUAUGCGUACACUCGGACCGUGCCAAUCACCCCUGACAAUGUGGAGAGGCUGCUGGCUGCUGCCGACCAGUUUAACAUCAUGGGCAUUGUUAGGGGUUGUUGCGAGUUCCUCAAGUCGGAGCUGUGUCUGGAUAACUGCAUCGGCAUCUGCAAGUUCACGGACUACUACUACUGCCCGGAGCUGAGGCAGAAGGCCUACAUGUUCAUCCUGCACAACUUCGAGGAGAUGGUGAAAGUCUCAGCGGAGUUUCUGGAGCUCUCGGUCACUGAACUCAAGGACAUCAUCGAGAAAGAUGAGCUCAACGUGAAGCAGGAGGACGCUGUAUUUGAGGCCAUUUUAAAGUGGAUUUCUCACGACCCUCAAAAUAGGAAGCAACAUAUUUCAGUUUUGCUUCCUAAGGUCAAGUUUGGAUAUUCUUUGCAAAGGCUUAGUUGCUUGCGUUCGACUGGUUUAUCCAGAGGGACCAUCCCUAAGAGCCACAGAGCCCAGGGUUGUGCCAACGUCUACAUAUGUGGUGGGUUUAAUGGAAACGAAUGCCUGUUUACAGCAGAAGUGUACAACACUGAGAGCAAUCAGUGGACAGUCAUUGCACCCAUGAGGAGCAGGAGGAGUGGAAUAGGUGUAAUUGCUUACGGGGAACAUGUAUACGCAGUAGGUGGCUUUGAUGGAGCUAAUCGACUGAGGAGUGCAGAAGCCUACAGUCCAGUGGCUAAUACGUGGCGCACAAUCCCCACUAUGUUUAAUCCUCGUAGCAAUUUUGGUAUCGAGGUAGUGGACGACCUCUUGUUUGUGGUGGGUGGCUUUAAUGGCUUUACCACCACCUUUAAUGUUGAGUGCUAUGAUGAAAAGACCGAUGAGUGGUAUGACGCUCACGACAUGAGCAUAUACCGCAGUGCUCUGAGCUGCUGCGUGGUGCCAGGGCUAGCCAAUGUUGGGGAGUAUGCAGCUAGACGGGACAACUUCACAGGAUUAGCACUGCGAGAUGAAGUAAAGUAUUCCGCUUCGACAAGUACCCUACCUGUAUGAGCCUCUUCAUUUAGCUAAUAAAAAGUCUAAGCAAUAAGAAUUAAUUCUUUUUUUAAAUAAAUGCAGUGUUUAAACUUGUAAGAGUACUGGAAAAUGUUCAACUUAAGGGAAGCAAGGGUUGGAUAAAUGAGGGAGUUAAAGAAGGUGAUUAUUUUCAACAGUGCAUAAUUAAGAAAAGAACCACACAGUAUAAAACCAGCUCUACAGAAAUACGUUUAUUGAAAACUUACAUUUAGACAAUUAGUAACUUGAACACGAGCAAGAUAGCUUCAGGAACAUAAACAUAUCUCAGAGUGUUCUAAAUACUAUAUCUCCUCUAAUCUGAAGGGAGAUAACCAAGAUUCUAUCUUGCAUAGGGGCUUGGGUGCCACUAAGCCAAGAAAACUGUUUUUAAACUAAAUGCUUAUUUUACAAAUAACACGACUAGCACCAGCCCAUGGAUGGUAAAAUCUUCAAACACCUAGCAAGUACUGUGUUUCACAGGUGCAGGAAGCAGGAGGGGUAACUGAAUUAACAAGUGCUUCAAGGUACCACACUCCUAGCAAGGGUCACAGAGUAAGCCAAAAGCUCUGUAAGGGUUGCAGUGAACAGUGAAUUGGCUAAAUAAAGUCCUUGCAGCAAAUGACUACUUUGUAAAGUUACUGUCAUUGUAUUAUUACAACUCUCAACAACUGUUUGGUUUUAUGACCAGAACAUGUGCUAGAAGUAUAACAACAAAAUGGACUUUCCUCAAGAAAAUAACAAACGGAGUGACGAGUCGUGCCAAAAUGUUUAAUGGCUGAGAACAGACUGAACUGUUGCUCAAAUAGUCUAGGGUCGAAGCACCGCAUUUCUCUAGUGUAGACGAAUGCUUCACAACACCAUAUAUGUUCAAAGACACGAAAUGUGACUAACAUGCCCUUUGCACGUAAGCUUAGUUCAGAAGGUACCAGAAAGAGGUCCUGUAUACUUUAUUAGACCAAGUAGCUAAAAUAUGUAACACAGCUCCAGUCUACUUAUAGUGUUGACACUUGAAUCAGGAAGCAGAAAAGGAAGUAUUUCAAACACACCACAUGCUACAGUCAGAGAGGAAAGUGUGCACAAGAACCUGCCUACCAGCUAUGACAGGGCUGAACACAAAGGUGCUCUCUGGCUUCAGACCGAGUGUCUGUAUUUUAAUAGCUCAGUAGUUUAAAAGAAUUUUUGGUCCCAGAAAUACUACACACAACCAGGUAACCAAAACAAAACUGAUGUCAGUUAAAUUUUAAGUGUUCUUAACAAAAAUGUUACUUUGAACUGGCACAGAAAAGCAAAGCUAUCAGGAUACACAAGACUAAUCAUGCAAGUGAUGAUCGCUUAAACCCUAAGCUCACGACUGACAUUCUCAACCUAAAAGGUAGACAGGAAGGGCCCAUUAUGAUGUGGAAGUAGCCUUACUCCAAGUAAUGGACAGUCGUACCUUUUUUGGUAUAAUGGAGUUCUUUCCAACAUAGAAAAAUAAAACAAAACAAAGGUUCACUUGAAUACAUUUAAGUUUUUUUUAAAAAGCUAUGUUUAUAACUUUUCACAAAGAGCUUUAUUAGACUUGCACGAUUAUUAUUAUUAUAAAUACUGUUAUGUCCAGUUUAAAAUUUCAGAAUGUCAGCCUUGAACAGAUUUAAGCAAAUCUGGUUUCUUCCCUUCCUAACAGGUUAGUUAGAGUAUUUAAGAGACACAAGUUAUGGUGAAGCCACACACGUGAAUUCACGUAUGAACAUUAGAAACUUGGUAGUCAGGAAAACCUGCACACCAUCAUGCAAGGAAGGACUUACCCCUUCAUUCAGCCAGGGUCUAGGCUGCCUGCUGAGUCAAAAAAACAGUGGUUUCAAUCAAGUUUUUAAAACCAGAUUAUACCUAAACCUUAGGAGUUAUAUUGUCUGCCAAAAAAUAAAGGGGGGGGGGGGAGAAAAAAAGAUGGCCCUAUUAACAACUUGGUGAUGACAGCCCCAAAAUACAAUUCUGGGACCAAAAAGUCAAAAAUCAAAAUAUAUGACAUUCUUCUGGAGAAAGCUGGCAUCCUGAUGAAAUAUUAAAUGAUUUGCUUGUAAAAUUAGAGAUAAAGGCAAGCUUCCUUCAGUGCACAGACCUCUUAUAACUAAGGAAUGCUUCUCAGAAUCCAAAGGCUUAUUUAUGUUAUGAAGGUAACCACAGAGGGCUGGGAAGCAACCCAGUUGGCAGAGUAUUUCCCUAGCGUGUGCAAGGCCCUGCGUUCAGUUCCCAGCACUGUAAAACACACCAACCUAAAGAAACCCAAAGGAUGGAAACUGAGAAAAAGUUAAGGGAAAAGGGGAGGAUAAUAGAUCCUUUAUGCGGAAAGGACUUGUGGUUUCCCAGACUCACUUCAGUUUAAGUUAAAUGGCUUUAAAGCACAUUUCCAACAUAGCUAUUCACCCUUGUCCUGGGCAAGAACACUAAUUUAGACGCUUCAAGAAAAUUAUCAGUACAGAAUCCAAGAACAUUAAGCAAAUGGCUUAAAUUUCUGGUUGUGCUUCUGUUAUUUUAUCACACAAUAAAGUUAACUCUAGUAUAAUCGGGGAAGUCUAGAUCACUCUUCUUGGACUUUUCCAGAAUGAGAGGAGAUGAAGACAUUCUUAAAUUUAAAAGUCAGAUUUACAAUACAAACCAUCAAGAGUCUUUAUUUUAUAUUAUUUAUGUACUCUAUUAUUAGUUACCCUUUUGUUGUUGGUUAGUUUGAGGCAGGGUCUCACAUGUAUACUAACUAGACUGGCUCAGAACUCCUGAUCUUCUUCUUGACUUUGCUUCCCAAAUGCUCCGAUCACAGAUGAGCACUUCCAUACCCAAUUUUUAAUUAAUUAGAUGUUUGUGUCUGCUUGUGGAUAUGUCCAUGUGAAUGAAUGCGGGUGCCCACAGGGGCCAUGGGUAUUAGAUCCCCUAAAGGCGGAGUUAUAGAGGCUUGUGAGCUGCCUGAAGUGGUGUGGGAACCAAACUCAGUGGAAAAAAAGCAAAUGUUCUUAGCUGAUGAUCCAUCUCUCCAGCCCACUGAACAGGAGUCUAUGCUGAGUGUUGAAAGAUUUAGCCUGAAUACUAACUUGCAUAAAGCCCAGGAGUGUAUAGAAACUCAAAAUAUGGGUGUUCCUUGAUGUAACUUCCUUGAGGUCAAAGCCCAUUAGAGGAUGGGACCUAUUAGUGAUGCCACCUUGAGAAUUAUCCGCACUCCUAACUGCUUUAUAUAUUGCUGUGUGUAUGACUAUUCAGAAGUGGUGACUGCACAGGUCUGAUAAAGGCCCUACAAUGUCAAGACAACAUUCCUCUAUUCUGCUGGAGAGCAGUGUUGCUCUAAAUAUGCAUGCUUAAUGUAAAUGUGUUCUCUAAGCUUGUUAAAAAAAAAAAAAACCCUUGAACAUGAA